AAAUUUGUUGGUGCGCCACCAGGCGACGAUAUCAGAACUGUUCCAAUCGUCGAAAGAGGGAUAAAUUUAUGCGAGCGGAACGUGUUUCCUAAAUAAAAGUCAUGUCUGAAGAACUAACAAUUCAGGAGGUCACUGAUGGAUCAGAAUUGGAAGAGGAUUUUGAAGAUGAAACAAUAUUUGAGAGAAUAUGUGCCCUCUCCGAGAUGUUUCCCACACCAGUUCGCAACAUCACCAGUUUAGCAGCUACACUUUCAUGGAAAGGUGCAGUUGGCGCUUUUAGGUUUGGGCGAAGUGCAACAUGGAUUGCUUCUACCUCAUUCAUGAUCCUCUUUCUUCCAAUAGUUUUUGAGGCCGAAAUGGCUCAGAUGGAACAAGCUCAGUUGCAACAUCAAAGACAGAUCCUUCUUGGGCCUAAUGCAGCUUCUGGGGGGAUGCCAGGAUUCCCAGCCGGACUAGGACCUCCAGGUGGCAUCCAGCAAACUGCCCGAUAACCGCAAUAGUUGUCUUUUAUUAUCAACUGAGUAUCAGAAUGGAAAUGGGGCUGUUAAGACCGCGAUCCUUUAACCACUGAACAUUCCAUGCUGAUGAAAUAAACUUUGAACUUAAAUGAGGAGGCAGAGGUCAUACAGAUUUACUCAAUUUGAUGUUCAUGCAGUGUUUUUAUAAUCAUGUUUUAAGGGGAGUCAAAAUUCAAUGUUUGGUGCUACAGUAACCAACAAGGGUUAGGUUUGGUUCUACAUGCAACAGCCGCAAUAAGUGUGAUUUCUCCAUGUAUGAGUGCGAUAUCAUCAUGCCCAUAUAUGGGUGUUAUAUAAUAUAGAGUACCUCAUAAAAGAGAAGUAUGGUUUCAAUUUAUGUAUUUGUUUCGGAGAUGUACUGAACUGCUUUUGUUAAGCUAAAAUAAAAUUGAAUAUUGGUGUACAGUACAUUUAAAUU